GGAAAGCACACAGGUCUAGGAGUCAGAAGACCUGGGUUUGAAUUCCACCUCUGUUGCUGGCCUGUGCUGUGACCUGUGCCCUGGGAGACCACACAGCGGGCUGAAGAUCUUUAUGACCGAAAGCUGAACAAGAUGCAUUGUGAAAGGUUUCUAUGCAUCCUGAGAAUCAUCGGAACCACACUUUUUGGGGUGUCCCUCCUGCUCGGAAUCACAGCCGCGUAUAUUGUUGGCUACCAGUUCAUCCAGACUGAUAAUUACUACUUCUCCUUCGGCCUGUACGGGGCCUUCUUAGCCUCCCAUCUCAUCAUCCAAAGCCUGUUUGCCUUUUUAGAACACAGAAAGAUGAAAAGAUCGCUAGAGACGCCCAUUAAGUUGAACAAAACGGUCGCUCUCUGCAUCGCCGCCUACCAGGAGGACCCUGACUAUCUGAGAAAAUGUUUGCUCUCUGUGAAAAGGCUCACGUACCCUGGGAUUAAGGUGAUCAUGGUCAUCGACGGGAACUCAGAAGACGACCUCUACAUGCUGGACAUCUUUAGCGAAGUCAUGGGCAGGGACAAGUCGGCCAAUUACAUUUGGAGGAACAACUUCCAUGAGAAGGGUCCCGGAGAGACAGAGGAGUCACACAAAGAGUCUUCGCAACACGUCACUCAGCUGGUCCUGUCCAACAAAAGCGUGUGCAUAAUGCAGAAGUGGGGGGGAAAGAGAGAAGUCAUGUACACGGCAUUCAAAGCACUGGGGAGAAGCGUGGACUAUGUUCAGGUCUGCGACUCAGACACGAUGCUUGACCCAGCCUCAUCAGUAGAGAUGGUCAAGGUCUUAGAGGAAGAUCCAAUGGUCGGAGGAGUUGGUGGAGACGUGCAGAUCUUAAACAAGUACGACUCCUGGAUCUCUUUCCUGAGCAGCGUGCGCUACUGGAUGGCCUUCAACAUCGAGCGAGCUUGCCAGUCCUACUUCGGUUGCGUGCAGUGCAUCAGUGGACCGCUGGGUAUGUACAGGAACUCCCUGCUCCACGAAUUCGUGGAAGACUGGUACAAUCAGGAAUUCAUGGGCAACCAGUGCAGCUUCGGGGACGACAGACAUCUAACCAACCGCGUGCUCAGCCUGGGCUAUGCCACUAAGUACACGGCCCGGUCCAAGUGUCUCACGGAAACCCCCAUCGAGUAUCUGAGGUGGCUGAACCAACAGACACGCUGGAGCAAGUCCUACUUCCGGGAGUGGCUGUACAAUGCCAUGUGGUUCCACAAGCAUCACCUGUGGAUGACUUAUGAGGCUGUGAUCACUGGAUUCUUCCCCUUCUUCCUGAUCGCCACAGUGAUCCAGCUCUUCUACCGGGGGAAGAUCUGGAACAUUCUGCUCUUCCUGUUGACGGUGCAGCUGGUGGGCCUCAUCAAGUCUUCCUUCGCCAGCUGCCUCAGGGGGAACAUCGUCAUGGUUUUCAUGUCGCUCUACUCGGUGUUGUACAUGUCGAGCCUGCUCCCUGCCAAGAUGUUCGCCAUUGCUACCAUUAACAAGGCUGGGUGGGGCACUUCCGGGAGGAAGACCAUCGUUGUCAAUUUCAUAGGACUCAUCCCGGUGUCUGUCUGGUUCACGAUACUUCUGGGCGGUGUCAUUUUCACCAUUUACAAGGAGUCCAAAAAACCAUUUUCAGAGUCGAAGCAAACCGUUCUUAUCAUUGGUACAAUACUGUAUGCGUGUUAUUGGAUCAUGCUUUUGACUUUGUAUGUGGUUCUUAUCACCAAGUGUGGCAGGCGGAAGAAAGAACAACAGUAUGACAUGGUGCUCGAUGUAUGAUCUUAACUUUUGAAGUGGGAAAAGACACACACACACACAUACACACACACAGAAACACAAACACAUACACACAACCUUAGACAUUUUCUCGAGGGACUGUAGAGUAUUUGUGGCAUUGGGGAAUGUCACCAAGGGAAUCACAUCACUGCUGCUGGAACUUGAAUAUUACCAUAUCUAUGGGGUUUUUUAAAAUCUCUGCCAAAGUCAAAUGAUACACCAUUUAAGAACAAACUCAGAGUUAAUCUGUUAUUUCUAUGAAAAUGGGACGAAUUCUUCGUUUAUGCACUUUUUUCUUACUGUGCAUAUG